UAAUUUUCAGUACAGAAGGGUUUGUUGUACUCGACUGGUGUUCCCUUGCUUGUUUUUGGAACCAGAAGUCAUCGAAAACCUACAAUGUCGCAGCGUGAACAUAAGAAAAACGGAGAGCAGCCGACUUUAAACUCGGAACACAAGUUACACAACGUCAUGGUAAACCCGAGGUCGGUGUGUAAUGUGUGUAAACGCUUGUACCGGGACCCUAAAAUCCUGCCCUGUCUGCACACCUUCUGCUCCGACUGUAUCGGCCAGCUGGAGCCGUUCUCUGUAUCCUCUCGUAGUCACCGGGACGGUCCGGAGGAGGGCAGGGGCGGGGAGGCGUUCGCUGCGGAUCGAACCUCCGUCACCGUUACGGUGCUCUGCCCCGACUGUGACUCCGAGGUGGACAUCCCGCCUUCGGGCCCGGCCGGGCUGAGCACCGACCACCUGGCGCUAGACGAAGUGUUCCUGGAGACUCUGGUGAGCAACGGCCCACUGGGAUGCGACUUGUGCGGGGAAGGAGGCGCCGAGAGCCGCUGCGAGGUCUGCUGCGUUAACCUGUGCGAGUUCUGCUGCCAGGCACACAGGCGGCAGAAGAGAACAACAUCUCAUUCUGUUCAGCGUCUCGAGGAGCUGAGGUCUCGAGGUCGUCUCUGCCGUCCUGUCCUGUGCUCCCUGCACUCCGGCCAGCAGCUCCGGCUCUUCUGCCAGCCCUGCGACCUGCCAGUCUGCCUGGAGUGUGCCGCCACGCUGCACCGUGACCACCGCUGCUGUCCCAUGCUGGAUGUUAUCGAUCACCACGGAGACCACAUCAGAGAGCUGGUGACGGCGCGCCUUCGACCUCGCCUGGAGCAGCUGGAGCGCUCACUGCAGAAGGUGGAAGUAUCCCAAGAUGCUUUGCAGACGCGAGUGGAAGAAGCUGCGAGCGAGGUGAGGGCGUUUGCACGAAGCUACGCCAGCGCUGUGGAAGCCCACUGCGUGUCUCUGCUGCGUCGUCUGGAGGAACUCCGUGUUCAACGCAGGAACCAGCUCCACCUGCAGAGGGCGCAGCUGCAGCAGGCUCUGCUGGACGUCCGAGGCGGCGUGGAGUUUGCAGAGAGACUGCUGAGCUGCGGCUCAGAAGCUGAGAUUCUCAGCGCCAAAGGAGUGACCCUGAGAAGACUGACCACGCUGGCCAGCUACGACCCCCACCUGGCAACAGUCACCCCCGACAACGGCAGCAGCAUCAGCUUCAUGCCCAGGGAGCCAGCAGGGGAGGUGGAAGGCUACCCGGUGGUCGGGGUCAUCCACUCUAAGACAGUGGAUCUUAGCAAGUGCACCAUUGAAGGAGAAGGUCUACAGCGGGGCAGGGAGGGCCAGCAGGGUCACUUCACCCUGGUGUGCCGAGACUCAGCUGGAGAGCAGAUGGCACGAGGUGGGGAGCAUGUCCUGGUCAGCAUCGUAAACAAGGAGAAAAAAAACUGCACAGUGGAGACAACAGUGAUUGACAACAAUGAUGGAUCCUACACUGUUUCAUACACACCUGAAGAGCCAGGAGCUUACUCAGUGUGGGUUUGUGUCAAAGCCCAACACAUCAAGGGUUCUCCAUUUAUCCUGAAUGUGAAGAGGAAGUUUAGGCGUCACACUGGAACAUUUCACUGCUGCUCCUUCUGUUCCAGUGGAGGAGCCAAAGAGGCUCGCUGUGGCUGUCCAGGAACUAUGCCAGGAGGUUUCAAAGGCUGUGGUCACAGCCACAAGGGUCACCCUGGGAAGCCCCACUGGUCCUGCUGUGGCAGCACCGUGGAGCAGUCUGAGUGUCUGCCCGCGAGCGUGAAGGCUGCAGUAUCCCCACGAGGCCACCUGCGCACUGUGGAGCUCUGAGGUGACAUGGAGAC